AUGCAAAAGCCUGUAUCGCGGCCUUUACAUUUGGCUCAGCUAAAUCGGCAAUUAUCACAUUCACAAUCUACCGAUCGAAUCAGUCCGUACGUGGUUAAAAAGCGACAAUACUAUAAGACGACACGAGCACGGCGAGCGCUCUAUUAUUCCGAUCAUGUUCGACUGUGGUUCAACGAUCGAGGCAAGACGCAGGACGAGCACCGCAGAUCUGUACAAAAAACAUCGGUGACGACAACGAUGCCAACACCGACGACGGCAGUGACGACGACGACGAUGACAACGACGACGACGUCGACGUCGACUGCGAUGCCGACGACAACGAUGACGUCGUCUGAGGCAGCGAUGACGGCGACGACGACGAUGACGACGUCGUCUGAAGCGGCGAGGACGACGAUGACGUCAACUGCGGUGGCGAUGACGACGACAACAACGUCGAGUGCAGCGGCGGUGACGACGACGAUGUCAUCUGCAGCGGCAGCGACGACGUCGACAGCGACGGCGAUGGCAGCCGAUAAAGCGACGAUGUCGACGGCAGCAGCGGUGCCAUCGGCCACGAAUUUAAUAACUAUAAAUGGGCCUUCACCAAUUGUUAUCUGGGUAGAAAUAGAACUACGACGUCUUGACGAUCCUCGACGCCGGUUCACCGUAACGAGGAGUCAAGGAAUACAAACGUCGCCACCCGCAGCGACCACGUCCAGCGGUACACAAACGUCUCCUACGCCUGCCACGAGCACUCCGCCGAGGCCCAAAAGCGUCGUCGUCGUUUCUAUCGCUCCGUCUCCACGUUCUCCGCGUCCUAACACGCCAGGGCGAUCUCUCCACACACAGAAGCGGGAGAACAAGAGGAAGAAAAAGGACAAGCUAAUCCAUAACCUAUUCGGCAACUAA